GCUGCAGCGAGGCUGUGCGGAGCGCCGCGUGUCGGUGAGGACGGGCCCGGGCGCGCCCCUGCACUAGCGGCCGAAGCCCAGACGCCCGCGCUCCGACUCCCGCAGCCCAAGCAGCCCAGUGCCGGCCCCCGCCGCCCCGGCCGCGCCCAGCUCGGCGAGGACAGCACCAGGAGACGGCCACAAAGAGCCCCGCGGCGUCUCUCGGCGGACCGGUCGAACUUGGACGGCGCCAUGUCCCUGGGCAGAGACAUGGAGCUGGAGCACUUCGACGAGCGGGACAAGGCGCAGAGGUACAGCCGGGGCUCGCGGGCCAACGGGCUGCCCAGCCCCACGCACAGCGCCCACUGCAGCUUCUACCGGACACGCACCCUGCAGACCCUCAGCUCUGAGAAGAAGGCCAAGAAGGUGCGCUUCUACCGCAACGGGGACCGCUACUUCAAGGGCAUCGUGUACGCCGUCUCCCCCGACCGCUUCCGGUCCUUCGAGGCGCUGCUGGCGGACCUGACCCGGACGCUGUCGGAUAACGUGAACUUGCCCCAGGGCGUGAGAACCAUCUACACCAUCGACGGGCUGAGGAAGAUUUCCAGCCUGGACCAGCUGGUGGAAGGAGAGAGCUAUGUGUGUGGGUCCAUAGAGCCCUUCAAGAAACUGGAGUACACCAAGAACGUGAACCCCAACUGGUCGGUGAACGUCAAGACCACCUCCGCGGCCCGGCCCGUGUCGUCCCUGGCCACGGCCAAAGGCAGCCCGUCGGAGGUGCGGGAGAACAAGGAUUUCAUCCGGCCCAAGCUGGUCACCAUCAUCAGAAGCGGGGUGAAGCCGAGGAAGGCGGUCCGGAUCCUGCUGAACAAGAAGACCGCCCACUCCUUUGAGCAGGUGCUCACGGACAUCACUGACGCCAUCAAGCUGGACUCCGGAGUGGUGAAGCGCCUCUACACCCUGGACGGGAAGCAGGUGAUGUGCCUUCAGGACUUUUUUGGUGACGAUGACAUUUUUAUUGCAUGUGGACCAGAGAAGUUCCGUUACCAGGAUGAUUUCUUGCUAGAUGAAAGUGAAUGUCGCGUCGUGAAGUCCACUUCUUACACCAAAAUAGCUUCGUCGUCCCGCAGGGGCGCCGCCAAGAGCCCGGGGCCGUCCCGGCGCAGCAAGUCGCCGGCCUCCACCAGCUCAGUGAAUGGGACCCCUGGCAGUCAGCUGUCCACUCCGCGCUCGGGCAAGUCGCCAAGUCCGUCGCCGACCAGCCCGGGAAGCCUUCGGAAGCAGAGGGGCUCUCAGCAUGGCGGCUCGUCCACCUCCCUGGCGUCCACCAAAGUCUGCAGCUCGAUGGACGAGAACGACGGGCCGGGAGAAGGCGAAGCGUCGGAGGAGGGCUUCCAGAUCCCGGCCACCAUCACGGAGCGGUACAAAGUCGGACGGACCAUCGGGGACGGCAACUUCGCCGUGGUCAAGGAAUGCGUGGAAAGGUCAACGGCUAGGGAAUAUGCUCUGAAAAUUAUCAAGAAAAGCAAAUGUCGAGGCAAAGAGCACAUGAUCCAGAACGAGGUGUCCAUCCUGCGAAGAGUGAAGCACCCCAACAUCGUUCUGCUCAUCGAAGAGAUGGAUGUGCCAACGGAGCUGUACCUCGUCAUGGAGCUGGUGAAGGGAGGGGACCUGUUUGACGCCAUCACGUCCACGAACAAGUACACGGAGCGUGACGCCAGCGGGAUGCUCUACAACCUGGCCAGCGCCGUCAAGUACCUGCACAGCCUGAACAUCGUGCACCGCGACAUCAAGCCCGAGAACCUGCUGGUGUACGAGCACCAGGACGGCAGCAAGUCCCUGAAGCUGGGGGACUUCGGCCUGGCCACCAUCGUGGACGGUCCUCUGUACACAGUCUGCGGCACCCCGACCUACGUGGCUCCGGAAAUCAUCGCCGAGACUGGGUACGGCCUCAAGGUGGACAUCUGGGCAGCCGGCGUGAUCACCUACAUCCUGCUGUGCGGCUUCCCUCCGUUCCGCGGAAGUGGUGAUGACCAGGAGGUGCUUUUUGACCAGAUUUUGAUGGGGCAGGUGGACUUCCCUUCUCCUUACUGGGACAACGUUUCUGACUCUGCAAAGGAGCUCAUCACCAUGAUGCUGCUGGUGGAGGUGGAGCCGCGGUUCUCGGCCAUGCAGGUCCUGGAACAUCCCUGGGUAAACGAUGACGGCCUCCCGGAGAGCGAACAUCAGCUGUCGGUAGCUGGGAAGAUAAAGAAGCACUUCAACACCGGCCCCAAACCGAACAGCACCGCAGCGGGCGUCUCUGUCCUCGCAACCACCGCUCUUGAUAAGGAGAGGCAGGUUUUCCGACGAAGACGCCACCCGGAUGUGAGGGGCCGGUACAAGGCACAGCCAGCUCCGCCCGAGCUCAACUCGGAGUCCGAAGACUACUCGCCCAGCUCCUCGGAGACCGUGCGCUCCCCCAACUCGCCCUUUUAACGAGCCCCCCGCACUCCAGGUCCUCGCUCAGCCCUCUGAGACUCGGAGAUGUUUUCCCAAAUUUAUUUAUGUACGACGGUUUCCCCCGAUCUGUCCAGCCCUCCGUGCUCGAACGGCGGACGAGGAAGUGUGUUUUCUGGUGUCAUCGCGACCUCCCCUGGCCCAGCCACGCGGGGUCCGGUGUUUGCGAAGACGGUCCCUUGCUGCUGCCCGGGUCCUCAGAGGGUGGAGGCGACUGGGCAACAUUUUCAAACCUAAAAUCGGUGACUUUCCCCCCAGUCAAGCUCGUGUGCGGCGAGCACACAUUGACCCUCUGAGUGCGUGGGCUGCGUGGUUGCCCCCCCCCCGGGAGCCGCCCUGACCUUCGACGUAGACAUGUGUGUCCUGACUUUGCCGCGGAUCGGGAGUGGUUUUAGAUGCUGGGAUAUCUGGACGAGAAAGGCCCCAGAGCGAUGCCUUGCUUGUCCUUUUCCGUGGGUUUAGAACGUGGCAGGUUCCUGACUUAGGCAUAAGCGCCCCCAUUUCUUCUUCAGAAUCCGGUUCAGAAAGGGACUUUCUCUGUUAGAGGUGCGGCUGUCGGCUGCUGUGAGUCCCGCAGCCCCACGGGGGACUGGGUCCGUGGCAAACGGCCUGCCCCCCAAGAGAAAAUGGCGCCCCCUCCAACUCCCCCCAUUAAGAUGCACUGACGACGCCCCCGAAACGCUGCUUCCACCUCAGCUGCCGCCAGCGCAGACCCUCGCGGAGCCUCCACCGGCGGGGCUCGCGCUUGGUGAGGGAGGGUCUCGGUUUGGGACGUCUCCAGCAAAACAGAACAAAACAAAACAAAAAACCAACAACUGGUGGAAAAGAGCAAUAAACUGCCAGGUGCUCUCUAGGGCUCGACUUCCACACGGAGAGGAAGUGAGGUCCUGGUGUCCCCUCGCCUGCCUUUUCACACCCUGCAGUCUCCAGCGAGAAAUCCACCCCGAGCGUCAGAGGCGUACACGGGAGGCGGGGGCACGGGGGACGGGAGCCCCCCGGGGGCCUUGCAAGGUGGCCAAGGAGAAAGCCCAGUGAGAGAACGAUCCAGAACGUUUCUAACGAGGCUGUAAGGGAACGAGCCACCGGCGAGGGUGCACCUUUAUGUUGCCCGUGUAGACUCCCCCGGGGAGGAGCAGGAGGGGCGGCCAGGAAGGGUGCCUGCCUCUCGGGCUGCCACCUCCGUUCCCAAGGCCACCCGUCCACCGACCACCGCCUGUGGCUGUCCGGAGGCUCCUGCCGUCCUCGCCCCCCCCCCCCGCCGGUCGAGUCCUGUCUGAGACCUGAGUUGUCACUCCUGUUGCCGCCGAGUUUCUUCUGCACGGUCACUGCGAUGCGUAGGGAGGAGGCGGGGUUCCGUGUGCUCGGCGCGUGACUCGGGAGUGACCGAGGAGUGACGUUCGUGCAGUUCGCGCCCGGUGGACGUGCGGCGCUUCCUGUCUCUGUUUCCAACACAUCCGGCAUCCGCAGGGCUCCGACCUGUCUCUGGUCAGGUUCUGGGCUCAAAUCCACAGCGGCCCUCAGCGGCUGCUUUUUACUCCCCCGCUCCUGAACGAUGGGCUCUCUCAAUGCGGAUUUCAAGAUCCUAACACGUCCCGAUUUUCACAUCGUGUUUUUCUCGAGUGUCCGCUCUUCCACACGUAGGUUAUUUCUCCGGUCUGCGUCGCCCCGGCAGGGAGACAGCAGGUUAUUUAUUGAGCGUUUCCCCCCUUGUAGAGCCCGAAACAGCACCACACGGCACCGCCGAGCAACGCAGCUCCGUCGGGCUUGGGGCUGGGACGCAGGCCGGGCAGGUGUGGAAAGCACCCACACCGGGCAAGCGCCCUGGCCCGGUCCGAGAGGACGGACGCUGUCUCCAGAACGAGGACUCGAAGCAGCGCUCUGCGUGACCCCGGAGGAGCUGGGCCACGUGCGUGGCCUGGACCCGGAAGGUGUGGGCGGGACGCAUCCUGUGGGCAGGGACCUGCCCGCGGGGCAUCGUCACUUUCCUUCCUUUCUCCGAAUCGCUGCUUUCCUCGUGGGCAUUACAUGUAUCGCUGCGGCAUCCGGUGCACAGAACUUACGGCGUGUGGCUCUGGCUUUUCCCCUGCACGUCUUGGGACACUGGGGACCUCGUGAGGCUGUGGAGGGCCCCCCGGCUGCAGAGGGUGGUGCUGCAGGGUGCAGAGCCCGCCAGCAUGGGGAGCCCAGCGCGUGGCUGUGGAAGGCGUGGCCCGUGCUGAGUCAGCAGUGGCGUGUGGCUGUCAAGUAGAAACACUGAGUGCCCGGAUGGAAGGCCGUCUUUCAGCAUCAAGCUCCCGGGUCCCCGAACACCAGGGACGCACUCGGAGGGUUGACUGACAAGCACAAGGCGUGCGGGUGACCUGGGCGUAUCCAGACGUGUGGCCGUGGGCCAGUGCGUCCUCUCCUUUCACAACAUUCUUGGGAUAGUUCGAGGUCGAAAUAAUUAAGGGGUGGUGUUCUUUAAGGAAUUCCUGUGACCAAAUCAAUCUUAUUUCUUCUUUCCAUUUUGUCAUUGAAUAAAUAUGUAUCAUGACGGCAGUGUAUCUCUGUAAUUAUCGAUUUAAUCAUUGCCGCACGCGUCGCCAUAUUUUUCUCGGUAUUUAAUCUUGUUCUUGCUGCGGUGGCCUGGUGGAUGGGGCUGUCUUUCUUUUAUUGACACAGGACUGACCAUGUGGUACUUUCAAGGGAGUCUGAAGGUUCAACUGGCCCGUUCCGUGGUGGACUAGUGAAGAAAGAACCCUUUCAUUCCUGGCUUCGCGUGCCUCACCUCUGUAGAGGAGGACUGUUCACAUUGAUAAGAGCUUUUCUUUCCCCCUGACGUUGUAGCCGAAACCCUUUUAUCAUCACAACCAAUGCGUCUGUGCUUUGCUCCCCACCAUUAGAAGGAAAAGCAAGAUUUCAGUCACUGGAAAUGUUUUCACAGUAGCCCUCGCCUAACUGACACACAGUGUGUAUGAAAAUAAGCAGAGAAAAAUGCAAAUAAACAGCUGAAAAUUCUCGGUGUUUUGUAUUCAGUGAGACUCGGGCGGGCUGCCCAGCACCAGCCGCCCUGCCCCUCGGCUUGCGGUUAACGGCCCCGUCAGGUACUGCUGAAAGAAAGCAAUAUAUACAUGAAUGAAGGCUGAAAUUGCGAUCCUUUACCCUUUGAAGCAUAUUUCAGUUGGGGAGGAAAAAAAGAGGAAAGAAAAAUUGGCUUCGCUUAGAGGGUCACGGAGCUACCGUCCGCCCGGAGCUCACGCACAUUAACUCACAGCUGUUUGCCGGCCACGGGUGCCCGGCGACGGCUCUGUCCCCGUGCAGCGGCGGCUGUGCGGGAAGGGGUGCUUUCUCAACGUGACGGCGUUGCCUGGCAGCCCUUCUCAGGGUAAGACUGUUGAAUUUCCGUGAUAAACUAUUUUCAAAGGUUUUUAAUGUGACCAUAAAAAAGGUGCCCCGGGCUGGUUGACUCUAGACUGAAGGUCUGACCCAGAGUGAAGGUUUAUCACCUGCUGUUCUCUGCCCGGUUCUCCUGAGAAAAGAACAACCAGCCAACCAACCAACCAACCAAACAAAACCUGGCACAGCUUUGCCUGUAUUGUAACUUCGGAAUUUUGGGAAGCCCCAGGACCCAGGAUGGCAGUUGAAUGGGAUUAUUCAUUUGUAUGUGGGUUUCAAAUAAUUAAAUUAGGAGCCACCUGGUAUAGAUUGUAGAUAACGCCAGUUUUCUAUGAUUUGUAAAUCAUUACAUUUUAAAAUGCUACCUGAUCUUUUCUGUCCAAGCAAAGGUUUUUAGAAGCUUGAAGGUGGUCAGUUCAGGGGUUAGCGUCCUGUGCGUGCUGACAGCCAUGUGCGUCAGGCGUUGGGAGAAGCGCGUUCAGACAGACGCUUGCUUUGCCCGUCGUGAGGAAGGGGCAGGCACCUGCUGCUUUAGGAGACAGGGACACCCUUCUAAACCUACACAUCAAGUUCCACGAAGCCAGUUCAAGUCUGUUGGGGGAAAUGGCAAUUAAAACUCCUCCCAAAAGUAACCAUUUUUGGUCCAUUCAGAGGUAGUAAGACACCUGCCGGUUAACACACUUCAAACGGUUUUUGUUUAAGAGCACAUCUAUCCAUAACCCCUGAGGAUGGUGUACUUUUAAAAUGAGCUCAGCGGUGCUUGCCCACGAAGCAGGAGCACAUGGGGUCCCGAGGACGGUCACCGUCACAGGGGUCUGGAGUUCGUAUGUCACGGCGUCCUGGAGGCAGAGGGGACAGCCUCUGACGUGCUCGUGGCUAAACAUACAGCCACACACUGCGUGACAUGGAAGGCCCUAAACUGGUGGGAAGCAGGAAGUGCAGCCUGGAGGCUCCAGAUGCCUUGGGUGGAGGUGGGGAUCUCCCCCCCUCUGUUUUUGCUCGCCCUCCCCCACGGCCCCACUGUUGUUGGGGGGGGGGCUCCCACACUGAAACCGCCCCGAUCAGUUUUCAGGGAGGGAGCGUCUCUUGGGCAGGUGUUUGAUCGGGAGGCUCACAAUCCCUCGCCCUUGGAGACCAGGGCGAGAUCUCGUUUCUUCCCCUUUGUCCCGGAGGGAAAGUGAGGUCUGCCCUGAAACCAAACCCGCGACCUCAGCGCGCUUUUCCGGCCGACUGCAGCGAGACGCUUCGCGUCGCUUCCAUGUAGAAUUGUACAUUUUCUGUCUGGGAUGGACUUUGUUCAUCGAGAGUCAGUAAUGCUUCUAAAGCCUUCACUGUUGGUUUUAAGGGAACGUGGGGCUUUCAGAGGGAUGCUAACGAUGCGAUCUCGUCCGCCCCUUCCCGCCCAGCUCACUGCGGUGAGAAAGAGGCCUGGACUGGUCCUCCGGGGGCAGUUUCUCACUUGCCAUUGACAUUAAUCUUGGAUGUAUUCUCAGAAAAAAAAAUAAAAAGAAAUUGAAACCCGUCCAAGGUUAGAGUCAUAUCCUCGAUAACUUUUAAAAAUUUUUAUGAAGAAAUUAAUAAGAGCCUUUUUCAUUCUGGCUGAAAGAAAAACUAUUCAAAGAUUAGUUGAGUGUGAAAUUAAAUAGCAUUUUGCUCACGGAAAAGGUGGGCCAGGGUCUCGGUGCAUUUGAGCAAGUUUCUGAAAGGUUUCAAUUUGGGGCAAGAAAAAAAGUCCAAUAUUUCCUUCGAAAAGACUGAAUUUAUCCAUGGCUGCAUGGAUCAGGUGGCAGAGGUUAAUUUUUGAUUUUGAGGCUCUUAAUGAAAGAACUUUCAAACGAUUUGUAUCCAUGAUUAAAGCUGGAAUGAGAUCCAAUUUUCCCCCUAAUCUCUCCGUUUAAGCUAAUAAAUGUAGGUUAAUGUGGAAUGAAGUCAUCUGUGGUAUAUGAUGUUCAUUUAUCAACUGCGCUUUUUUGAUGUUGCCUGUUUUUAUG